AAUCAUUUCCAGUUUCUAAUGUGAAUAUACAGUAUGUCAUGCUACUAAUAAAGGGGGCUUUCAAAGAGUAGGACAAAUCUUUUGCAGGAAAAGUCUGUGUGCAGAGUGCAUUAGGAAUAUGUCUCGGGUCAUCUGGUCCCUUUACGUGUAUUCUGUGGAAAUACAAGUUGCAUUUAACAGCAGUUGGAAAGACUAACAGCUAAGAGUUAGAAAUUUGUUUGGCCCGGCCGCCCAGCAAUACAGUUGGAACUGUGCUUGGUAUUCACAUGGCCGAAAUGAAAACAUGAAUAAGAACCAGUGAUGUGGCCCUGAUAAACAUCACACCACCCCAUUGUUGAUUAUUUUACUAUAACUGCAUGCCCCGGUGUUGUUUUAUUCCUUACAUAAUGAUGUAAUAAAUUGAAAUGGUCUUGCGUAUGGUGUAAGGUUGGUUAAAUAAUACCGUUAUUACAAACUGUUUGAUAAUGAGUCUUUAUUGAUCACAUGUACAUUACAGCACAGUGAAAUUCUUUUCUUUGUAUACCCCAGCUUGUUAGGAAGUUGGGGUCAGAGCAUAGGGUCAGCUAUGUUACAGCACCCCUGGAGGAGAGAGGGUUAAGGGCCUUGCUCAAGGGCCCACAGUGGCAGCUUGGCAGUGCUGGGGCUUGAUCCCCCGACCUUCCGAUCAGUAACCCAGAGCUUUAACCGCCAAGCCACCAAAAUCCCCACACAUUAAGACAAAGCUGAAACCCUCCCUGACGUUUUUAAGCUCCACAAUCUGCUGAUCACUUACCCUCGCUUCAACGGUCCAAACAUCUUUAAUAUUUUUUUAAAUUAUGUUGAGUUUUUAUUAGCACUCUUUCGGUCACUCAGUCGGGCUGUUGUAAAAAGAUAUUAGUUUCAAUUAUUCUUACAUUUUAGCAGGUUGAGAUGGUAAGCCUCAACUGUCUUUGUUAUACAUGGAAAGUUAUGACUCUUAUUCAGGUUAGGAUGACAAUAUUACACUUUAAUUACUUAGAAACUGGUAUUUCUAAAACUAGCGUUUCUCAGCCACGAGUUGAGGCCCGGAAACAACUUGCUGAAUACGCUGGAAGUGUAAGAUAUCUUCUAGUCAACACCAGAUGGCAACAAUGCGCUAUGGCUAAUCUACAGUGCAAGCGAGGCUGAGGUGUUCCCUGAUACAGCGUUUCUUAUUCUCCUGAUUUAAAGUGGCUUUUAAAGCUUUCAGAACAUCACACGAAUACUUGAUUAAGCAUUUCCUUGCCAAAUGUGAGCAAACUAUAUAUUGUCUACAUCUUCUGUUGAAAUGCUAUGAAUUUUAACAUUGAAUAUGCACUCACCGUCCAGUUUAUUAGGAACACCUGGACAUUCAUGCAGUUAUCUAAUCAGCCAAUCAUGUGGCAGCGGCGCAAUGCAGAAUUCAUGCAGAUACAGGUCAGGAGCUUCAGGUAAUGUUCACAUCAAACAUCAGAAUGAAGAAAAAGUGUGAUCUCGGUGACUUUAACUGUGUCAUGGUUGUUGGUGCCAGAUGGACUGGUUUGAGUAUUUCAGAAGCUGCUGAACUGGGAUUUUCCCACACAACAGUCUCUGGGUGUAAAGAGGUUGUAAAGAGCACUUCCUGUCGACUCAAACCAGUCUGGUCAUUUUACUCUGAUCUCUCUAAUCACCGAGCAGACCCUCCGCUCACAGGUGUUUUUUUUUUUUUUUUUUUUUGGCACCAUUCUGGGUAAACUAUAGAGACUGUUGUGUGUGCAAUACAGUGUGCAACAGCGUCUGAAAUACUCAAACCAGCCCAUCUCGUACCAGCAACCAUCAAAGUCUUGAUAUACUGACGAUCAGGUACUUGUAGACUUUUGAAAUAAAUGUAGACAACCUUCAUUCUCCACAGUGGAUCAUAGUGAACAGUGUGAUGUCAAACACCAGGAUAAACAAAAGCGAUUUAAAUAUUUGUCACUGUCACAUGAUGACUGUGCAGAUUCUGUGUCGCAUUCCUAGUGUGAAGCCACUGCUAAACCAGAGACAAUGUAAGAAGUGUCUUAUCUGGGCUAAGGAGAAAAAGAACUGGACCGUUGCUCAGUGGUCCAAAGUCCUCUUUUCAGAUGAAAGUAAAUUUUGCAUUCAAGGUCUCAGAGUCUGGAGGAAGAGGGGAGGGGAACAGAAUCCAAGUUACUGGAAAUCCAGUGUGAAGUUUCCACAGUCAGUGAUGAUUUGAGGUGCCGUGUCAUCUGCUGGUGUUGGUCCAGUGUGUUUUCUCAAGUCGAGAGUCGAUGCAGCAUCUACCAGGAGAUUUUAGAGAACUUCAUGCUUCCAACUGAUGACAAGCUUUAUGGAGAUGCUGAUUUCCUUUUCCAGCAGGACUCGGCACCUGCCCACAGUGCCAAAACUUCUAGUAACUGGUUUACUGACCGUGGUAUUACUGUGCUCGAUUGUCCAGCCGACUCGCCUGACCCGAACCCCAUAGAGAAUCUGGGGACACCAGACCCAACAAUACAGACGAGCUGAACGCCGCUAUCAAAGCAACCUGGGCUUCCAGAAAACCUCAGCAGUGCCACAGGCUGAUUGCCUCCAUGCCACGCCGCAUCGAUGCAGUAAUUCAUGCAAAAGCCCGACCAAGUACUGAGUGCAUAAAUGAACAAUUUUCAGAAGGUCGACAUUUCUGUAUUAUAAAUUCUUUAUUCUAAUAUUUUAGGAUACUGGAUUUUUGAUUUCCGUGAGCUGUAAGCCGUAAUCAUCAAAGAUUAAAACAAAAAAGGCUUGAAAUAUUUCACUUUAUGGGUAAUGAAUCUACAAUAUAUGAAAGGUCCACUUUUUCAAUUAAAUUACGGGGGGGGAAAAAUACUUUCCCAUGAUAUUAUAAUUUGUUGAGAUGCACCUGUAUGCGAACCUGCUUUUCACUCCACAUUCCAACAGACAAGUUGCUACUGGGGCUCACCAGGGCCGGGCGAUAUGACAAAAAUAUCACAUCACGAUACUCGAGGACAUUUCUACGAUACACGAUGUGUAUCAUGAUAUAUAAAUUAUUUAACAAACUAUCUGCAAAACAGUAGUAAAAUAAACAAAACCAAAACGAACGUUACUAACGCAUCGCCCUGGUUCCCUCCACAAAAAUCCAAUAGGAUUUUUCUAUUGCCUUUUGGAUUAUAGCAGAAAAUAAACUCUGUGCCCAACAACAGUUUAUGAUUCAUACACGUUUCGUUCAUUAAGAUGAGAUGAAUAAGAUUCCGAAGCCUAGAUACAAUCGCCAGAAGUAAAAAGCUAGUCUAUAAAUGAACUACACGGCGGUCGCAUGACUUCAACGUCAUCACCACUACGCUUCAGAUAACUCUUUCAUUCUUUAUUUAAAAAAAAACCCCAAAACCCAACAGUUAUACAAUUUGAAAAAAUACUAUAAAUUGAUAGAUAUACAAGCUGGAAAGUUUGAAUUGCAAGAGCGCGAGUGUAAACACAACGCGGCUGUAGUUAGUAGAUGAGUUUUUCCUGUUCCGCGUGAUGACGUUUAAUGUCCGCGACAACCUCUGUAGUCCCAUUUAGCCACUUGGGUUAGCAGCCGUCUUUUUCAAGACAUGUUUAAUCCUGAGUGGGGUAUUACUGAUGUAUUUUAUGGCGUAGUACAAAACGUGAACAUAUCUUGAGCUCGUGUUAACCACAGACCUUAUUUCAGGCAUUUAAACAAACAAACAAACAACAAAAAACCCAUUGAUUUCGGGACGAUGGAUGUCCAGUAGCCUACACAUGAAAAUUAAGUCGAGAUCACGACAAAAAAAAACUGUUAUUAUGUCGAGAUCACGAGAAAAUUAAGUCAUGAUCACGAUAAAACCAACAACAACAAAAAUAAAUAAAGUACUGCAUGGCCGCUUAGGGCUUCCGUAUUUUGGCGUUGUGCGUGUGGUUGGUAAUUCCGCGACAGUCCCUGGGUUUACCAGGCGGCGCUCUCUGACAGGUUGCAGGCGGGCAUAGUGGGCGGAGUCGUGUAGGCGGAGUCAUGCUCCUGCUAGCUGUUGCAGGAACAACAUCAUGGACAUUGAAUGCUGGCGGUGCUUAUAUCAACUCACCAAAAUGGGAGCUUCAGAUGAGCUAGGAUUCACGUUGAGGACUUGAACAUGCAGACAUUCGGAAAACUUGUAUCUUUAUGAAAACAUCGUUGUGGUGUUUGUUUUACAUUUCCGGUGGCGUCGUUUUAAUCCGGAGCCGUGAUGAGUGGAUACAGUACAGGGCUACAGACACAGACGAUUGGACUGCUGCACACAUUUAGCUUUACUAGCUAGAAGCCUUUACACACAGACACACAGCAUUUACUGCAGCUCGCAUUCAUUUAAUUCUUACCGAGACCUUUUAUUCGGGUUAAAUGUUCUUGUAGGUGUUUAGACUCAUUUCUCUUAAUCGACGCUGUCGUGUUCGUGUGUACAGGGUGGUAACGGUAAUCUCCGUGUUGCCACGGCAUCAGCGGCGCGCGGGCCUGUUCCCCAUACACACACACACACACACACACACACACACGCGCGCGCGCGCGAGAAUACUAUAUGUAUGUAUGUAUAUAUACACUAUACACGUAUAUACUCUUAUUCCAGUGUACAAUAACGUGGCUGAGGCUUUAAUAACGCUGACUGUUUUAACACACGCUGUGUGUAAACUGUGUGAAGGUUAGCCCCGACCGACCGUGCAGUUUCAGUGUCACGAAAUGAUAUUUAGGCGCAACGUAUUUGCGUUAAUGUAGAAAAUAAAACGUCCCUAGGUGUAAUAGUACUUUGAAUGAAAUACGGCGAGGCAGGUAAGGGAGCACGCGCACGCACACGCACGCACGCGCCUGCUGUUUAGCGCUACACGCUAAUAUUGAGAAGCUAGCCUUGCUAGCUAAUGCCUGGUUAUCUUGGUGGAAAAAAAAAAUCAUCUCGCAGUCGGGAAACGCUUUUGGAUGUCUGGUGGGAACGAGGAUCCUCACGAGCAAAAAUGAGGCUGUAAAGGACGCCGUGUUCUUCAUAACCAGGAUGUACAUCAGGCAUUGGCAGCAGGACGCGUGUCUGCUGCGAUGAGAUGAUAGAAGUGGAUGAGAUUAUAGAAGUGGUCUACACAUGAGAGAACUGGUGACGUUUGUUCCUCUGUAUUUCCUGUUUGAUAUCUGAACGUCAGAAUAUGACCACGCAGGCUCUUUUGCCACUGUCGGGGCGCAGGAUACCCACGCUGUCUCCAGGUGCGUCUUCGUUUCCGCACCACAGAGCGACCUUGCGGCUCUCGGAGAAGUUCAUCCUCCUUCUCAUCCUCAGUGCCUUUAUCACCCUUUGCUUUGGGGCGUUCUUCUUCCUUCCGGACAGUUCUAAGCACAAGCGCUUUGACUUGGGUUUAGAGGAUGUUUUGAUACCGCACAUUGAGCCUGGGAAGGAAGGACGACAUAGCAGCGGGCAGGUCAUACACGGGCAAGGAGUGCAUGAUGAGCAUCGACACAGGGAAGAGGAGGAGAGCCUCCGCAGUAAAAUCCGGGCAGAUCACGAACGCGCGCUGCAGGAGGCCAAGGAGAAACUUCGCAAGUCCAAAGAUGAGCUGAGGGCGGAGAUCCAGACGGAAAAGACUAAGGUGGUAAAGGACCUGAAAAAGAAGGACGGGCCAAAGCCACUGCCCCCAGUGCCCAUGCCCAAACUGGUGGGCAUCAACGAUGGAGACCCCGGAGACCCUGACGUGAAAGAGAAACGGAACAAGAUCAGAGAGAUGAUGAAGCACGCGUGGGACAGCUACAGGCAGUACGGCUGGGGACACAACGAGCUCAAACCCAUUGCCAAGAAAGGACAUUCCACGAAUAUAUUUGGUAAUUCCCAGCUGGGGGCCUCGAUAGUAGACGCCCUGGACACACUCUACAUAAUGGGCCUCCACGACGAGUUUAAAGAUGGUCAGGAGUGGAUCGAAAAGAACCUGGACUUCAGUGUGAAUGUAGAAGUGUCUGUCUUUGAGGUCAAUAUCCGUUUCAUCGGGGGACUGCUUGCUGCAUACUACCUUUCCGGACAAGAAGUUUUUAAAGUGAAGGCUGUUCAGCUGGCUGAGAAGCUGCUUCCUGCCUUCAACACCCCCACAGGCAUCCCCUGGGCCAUGGUCAACCUCAAGAGCGGCGUGGGCCGUAACUGGGGCUGGGCCUCGGCUGGUAGUAGCAUCUUGGCUGAGUUUGGGACACUGCACAUGGAGUUUGUGCACCUUACGUAUCUGACCGGGAACCCUGUCUAUUAUCAAAAGGUGAUGCAUAUCCGGAAGCUGCUGGCUAAAAUGGACAGACCUAAUGGCCUCUACCCAAACUACCUGAACCCUCGUACGGGCCGCUGGGGCCAACAUCACACCUCAGUGGGAGGCCUCGGAGACAGUUUCUACGAGUAUCUCUUGAAGGCCUGGCUCAUGUCCGAUAAAACCGACACAGAGGCUCGAAAAACCUACGACGAUGCUAUCGAGGCUAUCGAGCGUCACCUCGUCCGGAAGUCCAGCAGCGGCCUGACCUUCAUCGGCGAGUGGAAGAACGGCCACCUUGAGCGCAAGAUGGGUCACCUGACCUGCUUUGCUGGGGGAAUGUUCGCCCUAGGGGCUGAUGGGUCAUCCGGGGACAAGGCUGGCCACUACCUGCAGCUGGGAGCCGAGAUCGCGCAUACUUGCCACGAGAGCUACGAUCGCACAGUUCUGAAGCUUGGUCCGGAGGCCUUCAAGUUUGACAGCGGGUUGGAGGCGGUGGCCGUGAGGCAGAACGAGAAGUAUUACAUCCUGAGGCCAGAGGUGAUUGAGACUUACUGGUACAUGUGGAGAUUCACGCAUGACCCCAAAUACAGGCAGUGGGGCUGGGAGGCAGCUCAGGCCAUAGAUAAAUAUUGCAGAGUCAGCGGGGGUUUCUCCGGGGUUAAAGACGUCUACUCCUCCAACCCCACCUACGAUGACGUCCAGCAGAGCUUCUUCCUGGCAGAGACUCUGAAGUAUCUGUAUCUGCUGUUCUCCAGUGACGAUCUGCUGCCUUUGGAGAACUGGGUCUUCAACACGGAAGCUCAUCCACUACCGGUGCUGCAUCUGGGCAACAUCACCCUGCCUGGCAGCCAGGCAUAGCGAUAAGAGGAGCCUCAGCGGGUGUGGGCGCUCGCCUCCUCUUUCUCUGAAAGACUUGCAGGUACACGUGUUCGGGAGUUACUGCGUUGAGGGUCUCUUCCGCUCAACCGCUGUGCCACCUGGACUCUUGGGUUUUUACUGCCAAAGCAGAGGGGACCAGGACACACUCUCAGACUCUGUCUACUCAUCUAUAUGUCUCUUGUAUAUUUUUUUUUUUUUUUUUUUUUCCCCCCCACUGUCUCCGAUAAGCUGCCAAUCAGGCACAGACGGCUUAUGUGACUCAUUCAUUGGCUGCAUGGCUCUGACAUUAGUGGAAUCUGUUCGAACUCCACAGCUCAGCAAACAAAUCAGCAGCAGUCAUGUGUUGCGGUAAACGAACAAACACAGGAAAUGCAUAUUUUCUCUGUGAAGAAAGAAGAAAGAGAAGAGGAUUUCACGUGGCUUAUUGUUUUUUUGUUGUUGUUGUUUUUUUUUUUUUUUUAUCGCUUUCAUUGCUUAAUCACUACAGCAGGACAGACGGCUCUCCGGCCAAAACACCCUCCCCCCAUCCCUAUCUCCCUCACGCUGAGCUCUGACCCAGACCUGGGGCUGUGGGAGGCAGCAGCUGGAUGAUGUGACCUCUGAAAUCUCUCCCGCUCUUCCUCUUAGAGAGAACACAGAGAGGCACCCUGGGAUCUCUGUGGCUUCUCUUGUACUGAUACAGUAUGCGCGUGAGAGUGUGCACAUUCUUGUGUUAGUCUGCUAUCAGCCUCCAGCACACUUCGGUCAAAUUCUGGUCCAGAUUUUAAGUCGAGCAUGUUCUUUGUUUGCCAUGGUUAGUGGGUGAUACGGCUGAAGUUUUGCGUUCGUUUACGGCUCUAAUAGAAUAGAUGUUGCUUCCAGGACCAUCAUCGCACACGGCACAUACGUUCAUUCUAAACAUUUUCCACGAAAAAAAAGAAUGCAAAACCAUUCAUUCAGUUUCUAUCUCAGCGAGCAUGUGAGUAAACCCUCUUUCCUUUCAACCACUCAGUCAGUUUGUGUUCUGGCUCUCAUCCACACCGCUCUGUACUCAACUCGACUGGAUUAGUAUUGGAUUUAUGACCUCACAUAUUCAUAUUCAAGUGUUCAUAAAGUUCUGCUGCACAGGAGAAAGAAAGACCACAUUUCUUUCCCUGAUUACGGUUUUUGUUUUUGUUUCCCCCCCCCCCCCCCCCCCCCCACCAGAUGAAUUUCACCACUAAACAUAGCAAACACGUCAGUCAAGGUAGAGAGAAGGAUUCAUUUUUAAUAUCCAGCAACAAAUAACUUUUGAUAAGUCCAGCCAUGUUUUCUAUGAAUGCACACAGAGAUUAUGCUAACAUGUCCAUGAUGAAGCCACUUUUUUUGUACUGGUUUUGCACCAUUGUCGGACUAAAGCGCAGGAGAUUUAUGGGCUUUUAAUUAAUUUAUUUUCAUCCCAGUCAGCAGAUCAUAACACUCUCUUAACGUUUGGAUUUGCUCUUUCUUUUUUUUUUUUUUUGUUUCUUUUUUGCGUUUCUACCUGCCAUUGAACUGAUGCGAGGCUGACGUAUUUGGAGAGUAAGGGGUUUUAUUCUGAAGGCAGGAGGAGGUCCACCUCUGCUGUACUUUACAUUAGUCCAACAUGGUUCCAACUUUACAUUCUUCAGGAUAACUUUUUCUUUCUUUUUUUUUUUUUUUUUUUUUACAAGGUAGUUCCUCUCAAAUGUGACCACUGGAAAACAAUAUGCAGUGUUUAUAAUGCACAUCACAAGUGAUACUGACUGGUAGGAACUAUUUCGAUCUCAUCUGCAAAAAUAGAUGUCCCCCUGUACUCCAUCUUUAACCGGUACAGUCGUCAUUGCUUUACCGCUCCUUGAGGUGGCAGAAGCGACAGUGUGCUAACGCUCUGUGUGCUUUUCCCAUUUGCCUAAAGUCUCUUCUUCCUUCCUUAUAAUCACAAUACUGUCAGCUGUUUCUGUUGUGGGAGACGCCCAGGCCAACUUGACCACUAGGGGGAUUUUGAGAGCUGUAUUCUGUAUUUUUACUGACCUGAAAGUACUGUAAAUAUCUUUCAAAUGUGACCGAAUUCAAUAAAGAUGUUACAUAAAUCGAA